AUGCUCGUGAUGAUCACUAAAGCCGGGGUCCCCAAUAACAAAAUUUUUGUUGGUGAAGCUAGUUACGGCAGGUCGUUUCGCAUGGCCAAGGAGGGUUGCUGGGGCCCGACGUGUGGCUUUACAGGUUCCCGUACACAGUCAACCGCGAAUCCUGGUCGCUGUACCAACACCAGAGGAUACCUGGCCUAUGCUGAGAUCAAAGAGAUAAUAAGCGCGGGAGGCAAUGUCAGGACGUUCCACGAUGGCGACUCCAACACGGACGUUUUGCUCUACAAUGGAGACUACGUCGGAUAUAUGACUCCGACAACGAAAGACACACGACGAACAGACUGGCGGGAGUUUAAUUUCGCUGGGACGAUUGACUGGGCUGUCGACUUGCAAGAAUUCUCCGAGGAACACUUGACCAACACUGAUCGGCCUAAAUCCGGCCAAGGCUGUAUAUCGGGUCACGACAUGACGCUUGAAACUGCUGAAAUGUGCGAGUUUGCGUGUGAAUAUGGUUUUUGUCCCUCAUCCUUGUGCAUUUGCGAUGAAAAGGGAAAGCUCAAGGGUCUGCCAGCCGAGAGGAAAGACGUGAAGGGGUCGGCUUGGGACUGGUUGCACUUGGAUAUGAACAGGCUUUGCGCGUUUUCAUGCAGAUAUGACAACUGUCCACACGAGGUUUGUACAGACGGCAUCAUCCAGCAGGGCGAGGACGAGGACGAGGACUAG